AUGGACGAUCAUAGUCUGUCACCAACAAGGAGAACUUAUCAUGCUGUUCAAAAUAUCCCUCAGAAAACAAUGGAUCCAAAGUUCAUCGUCGUUCUUUUUUGUGUGGAAGCUGGUGCUCUAGUUUUUAAUGCAAUUCAUGUGAAAGCUCCUGAAAUUCAUAUUUAUAAUUCAUAUAAUCAAAAGCCGAUCAUUUUUAAUCAAUCAUCCGCACAAAUUUAUUCGUGUUUUCUAACAAUAAAUUAUUGUGUUUAUGAACAUAAACAAUUACGUUUUCUUAAAGUUAUACACGUCAUAUUUAUUUCGAUUAUCGUUACUUGUUAUUGUGGUUUAUUUACUAUUAUUCUUCGUAAAGGGGCAAAUGUUAGAGUACAAAAUGAUUUAGGUAUAACAUGGUACGGUGCAUUACAAUUAGUCGUUCUGUUAACACUUGCGUUACAUACACUUUUAAUGGUUAUUAUCCAUGAACGCGAUUAUGCGAAUGUCAAAAACUGCAAUGAAGACAGUCGUUUGAUACGUGCGGAAAAUCUUUUUACUUAUGUUGUUCUUAGUAUGCUAGAAAUAGCGUAUAUUGGUUUUGAUAUAUUAAAUCGACAAGUAACUAUACAUGCUUUACAUCAAAAUUUUGAACAUCGAGCACGACAAGCUGAACAUCAAAUACCAUCGAGCAGCUACAAUCUUAGGAGAAAAACAAAUUUGUCACCGGCAGAAAGUUUUGUAACUGUUGAUGAAGAAUUCAUAUCAGAGUUAAUGUAA